AUGCAGAUUAAAUUAACAAUCAAUAAUAAUGAAGAUGACGAUUUAAUUGUUAUAUCAUUAGAUUCAUCUUCAACAAUAUCAUCAUGGUUGAUUGAUUAUUAUUUUACGAAAAUUUAUUCCAAUCAAAUCAAAACUUCUAAUAAAUCUAUUCAACCAAAUAAUAUUAUUGGUUUACAUGAUAUGUUUAUUAUUUAUCAAAUAAUUCAUUCUUCAACAUCAUCAAUAGAAUUUUUAGAAUUAUGUAAAAAAAAAUUUCAAAAUAAUAAAGAUGAUUUAAUAUUAGAAAAUUAUAACAAAUAUUUAAAUCGAUGUGGUUUAAAGGAUAUCAUUGAUUUAUUUCAUCAAUGUCAAAUACAAACAUGUAUUAAAAUGAUUGAUUUAAAUAUAAAUCAUAUAAAUAAUGAAAUUGAUCGAUUAUUUUUUGAUCAUUUAUUAGAAAUAGCAUUAGAACGUUCAAUUUACAAUGAAGAAACACAAAUAACAACUAUAGAAACAAGUGAAAAUAUAGUUAAAUUAUUUGAAAAAGAGAAAAAACAUAUGGAACAAACAAUUAGUAAAAAUUAUAUUAAGCAUACAUUAUGUACAUACCUUUCACUUUUAUUGGAUACACGUAAUGAGCAUGCUCUUAUUCAUUGUCUUGCAACACCUGUACGUACUGGCAUUGAACGACGAACAAUAGUUGAAUUGCGACGUUUAACAAAAUUAUCGAAAAAUGAAUGUUUAACUAUUUAUCAAAUACUUCUUUCAUUUAUUCGACGCAAAGAAUUAUUAUCAAGUCGUUUAUCGCAAUCAUCAUCAUCACAAUCAUCUCAAGAGUCAACAAAUAAUGAUGAUGAAUCAUUUAUAGCUCUUGAUAAAUAUUAUGUUGGUAUAAAAGAAUUCUUUGAUUUCAUUGAACAAUUACAAAUGAUAAUUGAAGAAAAUGAACAUUUAAAAAUUGAUUCAAUUGUAACAUUUCGUAAAUUAAUGAUGCUUAUUUCUAAACAAUUACGAAAAGAUAUUUCAUUUAAUCGAUGUGAAUCAAUUUUUAAAGAUAUUAUUGAAGAAUUUUGUGAAUGUUUUCAAACAACACAUAAAAUUACAGACUGUAUAUCACCAAUUCGAUCUGCAUCAUCUGGUGGUACAUUGGCUGGUCGUCGUUUUCUUCGUUCUAUUGCUUAUCUAUGUGCUAAACAAACUAUUCAUUUACCAAUAAUUUUAACAACAAAUGAUCAUUACGAUAGUCCAUCAACAGGACUACGAAAAGCAACGUCAUCUCGUCUUUUAAGAAGUCCAUUAACACCAAUACCAAUUGUUAUUGAAAAAAUCGUAGAAAUACCUAUUGAAGAAAAAUCAAUUGAUAUUCCUGCGGAAUCUGUAUUUAUGUGGAAAAAGAAAACUAAAGAGAAUGAUAUAAAAAAGGAUAUCGUACCUACGAAAAAAAAUAAAUUUGAACGACGUAAAUCACAACGAUGUCUUGAUUUAUCAGCAAUUGAAGAAAAAAGUUUUGAUUCAGGUUCUCAAACAAGUCAUUCAAUAGAUUCAAAUGAAAACAUCUCAUCUGGUUCAAUACGUCAACCACUAGGUGAAAUUCAUAUGAAUUCAUUUGAAAUUGAACAACGGCAACAAAUCGAUAAUGAUAAAAAUUCCAAUCCAAUACCAUUUUCAUUAAUUAGUGAAGGUGAUAAAGAGAAUUUAUCAUUAAUGAAUAAUAAACGAACAACAACAACAUCAACAAAUGCUGAAGAACCACGUAAAAAACAAAAGAAAACAAAUACAAAUGUUUUAGUAGUUGGUCAGAAAAUGAUUACGACUUUUUUUCGUUCAAAAAGUUAA